AUGCCAUCUUUUUCCGGAACCGGCCAACAGUCAUCAUCCAGCGGCUUCGGGAAACAGAAUGAAACAAAGCCAAGCGGCGGACUAUUUGGAAAUAAGAGCUCGAAUGAUGGAACGGCAGCGGUGGCAUCGUCAGCGAUGUCUGGAUUCUCCUUCGGUGCUAACAAGGGUAAGGAAAGCUCGCCCGCUCCCUUUGGCUCUCAAGAAUCUAAAUCAAACGAAACAGCAGCCUUGUCGAAUGGCCCCGCGAAGUUCGCCGGGUUCGGCGCCAGCGGCGCUGGUAACCAAACGGAGCCCAGGUUGUCUUUUCCAUCUCAGGCUACGGACUCUAAGCCUCCUGCCUUUAGCUUCGGCGCUGGUAGCAAGAGUGCUGAACAAAAUGCACCAGCGACAUCUGUUGCAGAACAAAAGCCAAUCGAGAAGACCACACCAAGCUUAAAUUUAGGAGCUGGGAAUAAACCUUCGUUGUCAUUUGGAACUACAGCUGCUACUGAGAGCAAAGGUAGUGAUGCGGCUGCUUUUGGCUCCAAUGCGGCCACUCCCAAACCAAAUAUGUUCUCCUUUGGAAAGACUGAUGAUAAGAAUAAGGUGGGAGGAAGUCUUAGCGGUUUCUCGCUGAGCGCUAAGAAGGAUGAAGACAAGGGGCGUGCAGCGUUCAACUUUGGCGCCAGCGUAAAUAAGCCCGCAGAGACAAAUGGAGCAUCCGAUUCAGCUGCAAAGCCUCAACUUUCGUUUGAUGGUAAAGAUGGAUCGACUGGCGCCUCGAUUAUUGGCGGUAGCUCUGGCAACAAAGACGCAAGCGUUAGGCCCUCUUUUUCAUUCGGUAACAAAACUGAGGACAAGGGUAAGGAUGCUACUGCAGGUUCACUUUUUGGUGGCAAGACUGAUGACAAGACCAAGGAGAUGCCCAAGGUGGAAGGACAAACGAAGCAAGCUUUUUCAUUUGGUUCGAAAUCAGACGAUGUUGCCAAGCCCCAGACUGGCUUCUCCUUCGGUGGCAAAACCGAGAAUAAGAACGACAAGCCAGCUGUCGGUUUUUCAUUUGCAAGCAAGGCAGGGGAGAGUCAAGCUCAAUCUCAAUCAGGUUUUUCGUUUAAAAAAUCUGAUGCAGGGGAGAAAUCGGAGAAGCCAUCUCCAGCCUUUUCAUUCGGAGCUAAAGCAGCCCCAGAAAAAGCUCCAGCUACAGAUGCCAGUAUCAAAGAUUCGAAACAGUUCUCUUUCGGUGGCACGAAAGAAAAUGAGAAAGAUAAAGCUCCUACUGCCGAAGGCUUCACGCUGCUCGGAAAAAAAUCCGACGAGAAGAAAAACGACGUUAAGUCGUCAGAUGGAUCGUCCCAGAUCCUCAACCCGAAAAACGUGGAACCGGCUCCGGUUUCUUUGGACAACAAAACAUUGGACGAUUUAAUAACAAAAUGGACCGAACAAUUAGCUGGAACAGCCUCUCAUUUUGACACUUUUUCGAAAAAGGUCAACCAGUGGGAUCAAGUACUCGUCAAGGGAGGUGAACAAAUCAGUCAACUUUGUUCUGAAACUAUAGCAGCUCAGCAAACUCAGAAUAGGAUCGAUCAAUCUUUGGAAUAUAUUGAAAGACAACAAGAUGAGCUAGAAAUAUUUUUGGAUAGCUAUGAACAGAAAACGGAUGCCCUACUGUCCGAUGUUCUUUCUUCAGUUGGAGAUAGUGCUGCUAACAAUAAUGAUCAGAAGAGGCAACAAGCAUAUCAUACAGCUGAAACUUUGGAUGAGAACCUCAAUAGUCUUUUCUUGAACCUUUCAUCGUUGAUCGCUGAGAUAAACGAAGUUAGCAAUACCUUUAACAAAGCGACAACUAUGAAUCUUACCAACGGCGAUGAAAAUACACACUUAGUGAAGCUUCUCAAUUCGCAUCUGGACGCUUUGAAAUCACUUGACGAAAGCUCCACUACCCUUGAACACAAGAUCAAGUCGAUAAGUAAAUGA